AUAACCGGACAUGUAAUCCCUCAUGUUCCGACGCAUAGUAAUUUUCCUUUCAAUCACAUUUCCUUUUCUGUCGUGAUGGGUGUUAUACUACAAGAUCAAGUGGCUCUUGUCACAGGUGCUUCCCGUGGAAUUGGACGUGGUAUUGCUCUUCAACUUGGAGAGGCUGGGGCUACAGUCUACAUUACUGGGAGACGACCCGAACUUAGCGAUAAUUUUAGGCUAGGAUUACCAUCUCUGGAUUAUGUAGCAAAAGAAAUUACUAGUCGCGGGGGUAAAGGUAUUGCACUUUAUGUGGAUCACUCAAACAUGACCGAAGUGAAAUUUCUGUUCGAAAAAAUAAAGGAAGACGAAGAAGGGAAACUUGAUAUUCUUGUCAAUAACGUCUACAAUUCAUUGGGGAAAGCUACUGAGAUGAUUGGGAAAACAUUUUUCGAUCAGGAUCCUUCUUUCUGGGAUGAUAUCAAUGGUGUUGGACUGAGAAACCAUUACUACUGCUCAGUGUACGCUGCCAGGAUGAUGGUUGAACGACGUAAGGGAUUGAUUGUAAACGUUGGAUCAUUAGGUGGAUUAAAAUAUGUUUUCAACGUUGCAUAUGGAGCUGGAAAAGAAGCGCUAGCCAGAAUGUCAACGGAUAUGGCAGUGGAGCUGAAUCCUUACAAUGUCUGUGUGGUAACUUUAAUACCAGGGCCUGUAAAGACAGAAACUGCAAAUAGAACAAUCAUUGAUGAUGCGUAUAAAAUGAUUAAAGAAAAUCCGGAACUCGAAGAAUUCAUAAAAGGAGAAUCCACUGAAUACACCGGAAAAGCACUUGCUCGUCUGGCAAUGGAUCCCGGGAAACUCAAAAAAUCUGGAAAGACACUAUUUACUGAAGACCUAGCACAAAAGUACGACUUUUCGGAUAAACAUGGUAUGGAACCGCAAAACAUUCGGAGUAUCCGGACGAUUCUCGGGACAAUGGGAAAAGAAGAAGUGGCAAAAUACAUCCCACCACAAAUCAAGCUACCAAAGUGGGUAAUCUGGCAAAGUGUAAACCGCUUUUAGAGACCAGAUGCGAGAUGAAUGUUUGAAAUGAGCAAAAAAUCAUUUUUCUGUUUUUAAAAAUUAAUGAAUAAUUUUUGUUCAAUGAAGGAGUUUGUCACA